GGUGGUUAACAAAAUAACAGGACCGAGAAAAUUAACGUUGAGAGUGAGAAAACGAAGAAACUGAAGAAGAAUUAGACUUACGGAGGAGAGAUUACAGAUUGAAACAAUGAUGUCGUCACAACCUCUUAAAACCUUAAUUCUUAGUGCCAAACAAGUGUUAGGGACCAAAACCAUAGAUGUGGUUCUGUUAAAUAUGAGACAUGGUCUAUUGCCUCGCAAUGGAGGACAUACCCUAUCUUUACAAGGUAGUCUUAGGCAUAUUCGAACAACAUGCCGCAUUUCAGUUCCUGGGAUGACAUCAAAAAGUGAAGAUAAAGUUUCUCUUGAGUUUUUAAGGGAUAAGAAAAUGGUGCCAAAUUCAGAGCCUCCGAGCAUUAAAGAUAUUGACCUUUUAUACGAGUUUGUCGAUAAGAGUAGCAAUCUCAUUGUUUUAACUGGAGCAGGAAUAAGCACAGAAUGUGGUAUUCCUGAUUAUAGAAGUCCAAACGGAGCUUAUAGUACUGGCUUCAAACCGAUUACACAUCAGCAAUUUGUCCGUUCAAGCCGAGCUCGCAGGAGGUAUUGGGCAAGGAGCUAUGCUGGAUGGAGAAGGUUUAAUGCGGCACAACCUGGUCCAGGUCAUAAAGCUCUUGCAUCCUUGGAAAAAGUUGGCCGAGUAAACUUUAUGAUUACACAGAAUGUUGACAGGCUGCAUCACCGUGCUGGGAGUAAUCCACUUGAGUUGCACGGGACUGUGUACACUGUAGCAUGCUUGGAUUGUGGGUUCUCAUUUUGCCGGAACUCAUUUCAGGACCAAGUCCAGGCUCUGAAUCCGAAGUGGGCAACAGCAAUUGAAAAUUUGAACUUGGGAAGUACCUCAGCAGGGUCAGAAAAGAGUUUUGGCAUUCAGCAGAGGCCUGAUGGUGAUGUUGAGAUUGAUGAGAAAUUUUGGGAGGAAGAUUUUGACAUCCCCAACUGCCAGAAAUGCAAUGGAAUUCUGAAACCUGAUGUUGUCUUUUUUGGUGACAACGUUCCUAAGGACAGAGCUAAUAAAGCAAUGGAAGCUUCAAAAGGGUGUGAUGCCUUUCUUGUGCUAGGAUCUUCCCUCAUGACCAUGUCUGCAUUCCGACUUGUCAGGUAAGGUCUGCAGUUGGCCAAUGAAGCACUCUAGUGAGCGGUGAGUCACCAAAGUCCUGUUAAGAAGAAUAAAAACUUGCAAUUUGAGAAGUAUCUAAAUCUGUACUGUCAGGUCCAUAGAUUUCUUUGGAGCAUCAAAGUAUAGACUCUUUAACUGGUGGGACCUAUGUGCUCCAUUGCAGGGAUGGGUCUGAGAUUAAGUUGCAGUAUAUUUUUCAUAAUCUUGCAAUCUGAUGCAUCGAGGAAUGAAAAGUCUACUGUAGUUAAAAGAGUCAGCAACUUGUUUUUGUUAUUAUGAUUAUACUUUUUGAGCAAAGCCGCCUGUAUGGUACAGAGCGCCAUUAACAUGGGUUUUGUCUUUAUUACCUGUGGUAAGAGAAGAGAAAUGAUCCGAGUUCUAGUUCAGUAAGCCAUGUGAUCUGAAUCAUGUGACGGGGUUUCAGAUUCAAAUCCAAAGCAAAUUCAUUAUUUGGAUGCCGUGAUUGCUCCAAUAUAACCUUUCACUAAUCUAACUGAGCUCCCUGUACUGGAGCCUUCGUAUCUUCAAGUCAGAAUGAGUAGUUCCUUGCGUAUUUUAAUUUC